ACAAUGUGCUCAGACUCCCAGACUACAAAAUUGUCUCUUGCUUCGGUAGCAAGUUUGAAUUGCAUUUCUUCAGAAAUUUUUGAUACUACACAACCAAAAAUCAUUCGAUUUUUUUUUUAAUCGAAAGAGAAUAAGAGAACACAAUGAGCGGCGAGAACGACGAUGCUACUCGCCGCAAGGUGGCCAUCGCCGAUUACCGGAAGAAGCUGCUGAGUCACAAGGAGCUCGAUGUCCGAGUUCGAUCUGCAAGAGAUAAUCUAAGGGCUACAAAGAAGGAGUAUACUAAAACAGAGGAUGAUCUAAAGUCACUUCAGAGUGUUGGACAGAUAAUCGGAGAAGUUCUGAGGCCCUUGGAUAAUGAACGCUUGAUAGUUAAAGCCAGUAGUGGCCCAAGAUAUGUGGUGGGGUGCCGUAAUAAAGUGGAUAAGGACAAACUUACAGCAGGCACUAGGGUAGUUUUGGAUAUGACUACACUCACAAUCAUGCGAGCUCUCCCUCGUGAGGUAGAUCCUGUUGUUUAUAAUAUGCUUCAUGAAGAUCCUGGGAAUGUUAGUUAUUCUGCUGUUGGUGGGCUGUCGGAUCAGAUCCGAGAACUGAGAGAAUCUAUAGAAUUACCUCUGAUGAAUCCCGAGCUCUUCAUCAGAGUUGGAAUCAAGCCUCCCAAGGGUGUACUUCUCUAUGGGCCUCCUGGAACCGGAAAAACGUUGCUGGCCAGAGCGAUUGCAAGUAAUAUUGAUGCCAAUUUCUUAAAGGUUGUAUCAAGUGCUAUUAUUGACAAGUACAUUGGUGAGAGUGCAAGAUUGAUUAGGGAAAUGUUUGGUUAUGCUCGUGAUCACCAACCCUGCAUCAUAUUUAUGGAUGAGAUUGAUGCCAUUGGUGGACGCCGUUUCAGUGAGGGAACAAGUGCUGACCGUGAAAUCCAGAGGACACUUAUGGAGUUGCUAAACCAACUUGAUGGAUUCGAUCAGCUUGGGAAGGUUAAAAUGAUAAUGGCGACUAACAGACCCGAUGUCCUGGACCCCGCACUUCUCCGUCCUGGUCGCCUAGACAGGAAAAUAGAAAUACCAUUGCCGAAUGAACAAUCAAGGCUGGAAAUUCUGAAAAUCCAUGCUUCUGGGAUAGCCAAACAUGGUGAAAUCGAUUACGAGGCUGUUGUUAAACUGGCUGAAGGGUUUAAUGGGGCAGACCUUCGUAAUAUCUGUACUGAAGCUGGAAUGUCAGCAAUUCGGGCAGAACGGGACUAUGUCAUUCAUGAAGACUUUAUGAAGGUAUGUUUCCUAUAUUUUUGUGAAAUCAGUCAAACUUUAUCUCAAACUCUAACUUGUCCAAGCAUAAAUAAUCUGCACAAAGUAGUAUAUAAAAUAAGUGUGGUCUUUUUCCUCACUCCCUCUUGCAGUUGAGUUAUGAUUGCAAAAUGUGAGAGUUUGAUCUUUGCAUUUGUUAUUUGUUGUGUAGAAUUUGAGUUGGGUUGUGGUUGAAAAUGUUUGCAGGCUGUAAGGAAACUGAACGAAGCGAAGAAGCUGGAGUCGAGUGCUCAUUAUAGUGCUGAUUUUGGGAAGGAAUAGAAAUUUUAGGAAGGUAGGCAAGUAUGAUUAGACACUCAUUCAUUUUCUUUUCAUUCACAGAAAGAAAGAAACUAGCACCAAACGACCAAAUUGCCCUUCCAUGCUUAAUUUGUUGGCCUAUAUGUCGAUUUGUAUUGGAUUAUUAACCAAAUGCUUGCAUAUGUGCAUGAAUUCCAAGGGUAAAGCCAUAAUUUUUAAAGCAAA